AUGGCUGCACUCCAGCUUCUGGUCCUACUAAGUGGCCUGUUGGGGUCCACGUGGGCGAGCUCGGCCCCCUGCUCGGGCAUCGUGGGUGGCAGGAGGGCCAGGCGGGACUUCCCAUUCCUGGCUUCCAUCCAGCGUCGUGGUGUUCACUUCUGUGGUGGUGCCCUGAUCCACAGCCGCUUCGUGCUAACAGCAGCCAGUUGCUUCCGCGUUCGGAACCCCGGGACUGUCUUGGUGGUUCUGGGGGCCUACGACCUGAGACAGCCGGAGAGCAGGACCCAGACGUCCUCUGUCAGGAGCGUCAGAGAGAAUGGCUAUGACCCCCAGCAGAACCUCAACGACCGCGUGAGGGCCAGUUUUCCUCCCCAGCUGGACCAUGAGGCCAACCUAACCAGCAGCGUGGCACUGGUGCCGCUGCCCCCCCAAAAUGACACUGUGGAAACCAGCACCAAUUGCCAGGUAGCAGGCUGGGGACUCACACGUCACAGGGGCCACCUCUCCCGCUUCCUGAGAGUCAUCAAUGUCACUGUGACACCUGAGGACCAAUGUCAUCCCAACAACGUGUGCACAGGCGUUCUCACCCUCCAAGGCGGCAUCUGCCAGGGAGAUAGGGGCACCCCCCUCAUCUGCAAUGGCCUGGCACAGGGUGUGGCGUCCUUCUCCCUGGGGCACUGUGGCAGGGGCCCCGACUUCUUUGCCCGUGUAGCACUAUUCCGAGACUGGAUUGAUUCAGUCCUAAACGCCCCUUCAGAUGCACCCAUGGGGAGCCUGUGA